AGCGCGAAUAUCAGAGACACACACACACACACACACACACACACACACACACACACACACACACACACACACACACACACACACACACACACACACACACACACACACACACAGACACACAGAGAGAGAGAGAGAGAGUUUACAAUAGGUUCAUCUUGGCUUCAUAAGGCCGUCUAAAACAGUGAGACCUCGGGUUAAAUGGCUCGUAUCAAACAAAGACACCGCUGCCACCACUUCCCCAGCCACUCAACCAGCCAUAUUGGGUCCGCCGUCGGUGCAUUACCCCCCCCCCCCCCCCCCCCCCCCCCGCUGAAGUGUGUGACUGCAGGCACAUGGAUCUGGCUAGCCCACCACAGGCUAAUCUAUAUGCUAAUGGGGAGAUCAUAAUCAAUGAGGCUUGUGCAUGGCCGCUCGCAAUCAAUUGCACGUAGCGUGCCGGGUAGCGUCUGAAGACGGCUGUAUUUCAGCCCGCCAGACAUUUGGGGUGGCAUGUUAAUGUGGGGCCUCAGACAAUGAGGGUGCUAUCACACACACGCACAUGCACACAGUCACGCACGUGCGCGCACACAUGUUAAUGGGGGUUUGAUUUUAAGAAUUGGAUUCACAUUAAGUAUUUCUUUAUUCUAAUACGUCUCAUGUUUUGGGGAUUGAGUUUUUCUGUGUGUCAUCUUAUACCAUUAUUAUUAACUAUUAUUUUCCAAUAAUCUCUCUAAACUGGCCCUAUUGGCGUACUGAAUCAUUUUAGCGCUCCAUUUAAUUGUAGUUAGUGUGGCUGGUUAGAGUGAUUUGGUUAAGGCUGUAGCAGAAUUAGGCUAAUCUCUAGGAAUGGGUUUAGUGAGCCAUCCCUGCUCACACAGUCGUGUAAGCCGUGGGGUGUUAGUGUUCUGGGUUAGGAGAGAGAGAGAGAGAGAGAGGUCUAUCCCACUCCCUAGUACUCAGUCUCAUCCCCGCACAUCCACCGUCAUUAGUGUCCCAGCGUUAUGAUAAUGGCCUCCGCGCGCACACACACACACACACACACACACACACACACACACACACACACACACACACACACACACACACACACACACACACACACACACACACACACACACACACACACACACACACACACACAGAUUUUUGUUAAAAGGAAUCGCUUGACGCCAGUGGUGUCUGACUCUUUAAAAUAUGUUCUAUUCCAUCAUCCUACCCACAAUGCAUCACGGCUGUCUUUAUAAGCACGCUCAUUUGCACGUUUAUGCACUGUUUUUGCAUGCUUCCCCCAUAAAACGCUCCAUCUGCACCCGGUCGCCGGUUCCUUAGCAUAAACGCCUCCGUGCAGCCCUCCAAAAUAUGCGCUCCCCGCUUGAAGGGGAAGGGGGAAGGGGGGGGGGGGGAGGGGAACCACGGCCAUCAUCUUCAUUAGAGGGGGGAUCACGGCGGCCAAUCAGCGCGCGGCUCCCGCACGGGGAUUCCGUAGGCACCCCGUUGGCUGUCGCUAGGAUACCAGAUAAUCAGGAGGCAGGCCGGGGGGGGGGCUGGUUGGUGGAGUGGGGGUGUCGGCGGUGGGACGAGCAGCUCAGCCACUGCGCGCUGCUGGGGGGGUCGACGAGAGCAGCUAGCGGGGGUCUAGUGAGCGAGGGUACGGCAACACCGCCACGGCAACGGACGCACGCACGCGAGCACACCGGCGCAGGAGGAGCAGGAGACAAAGAGGAGCAGCAGCCGUAGCGCUAGGAGUAGCAUCCCAGGCUAGGACAACAACAGGAUCCCGGGGGAUGGGGCACUAUACCCCUGCAUCGCGGCGGGGGGGAGGGAGGAGGAGGCACAGGAGAGCCAUUCAGAAGAGCCGGGGUUCAAAGGUCAGGAGAGCCGAGGGCACCAUGGAGAGUGAGCCAGCUGCCCCCCCCUCCAUGGCCGGCACCGGUGGACCGCCCCCCCCAGCACCAGCCCCACCACCGCCCCCGUCCGCCGCCUCCACCGCCACCGCCGCCGCCGCCGCCGCCGCCGCCUCCAGCAGCGGUGGCACUGGGAGUACUGGUGCUGGCGCGGGCCACGCCAGCACCACCACCAGCGGCGGCAGCGCCAGUGUCCUCCCCAGUAGCACCGGUACCAGACAGGCCGUGCCUCAGAUCUCCGUCUACAGCGGGAUCUCGGACCGCCAGACUGUUCAGGUACGCCUCCCCUGAACCUCAGUAUCGGACGAGUAGAUACAGACACAGAACCGAGCAUUAUACCUUCUGAUAGCAGUCUCGUUCUUAUUGAAGGAUUCUCUUAACACGACGACAAUUUGCAGUCGGUUCACUUACUGUAGACGACAUAUAUUUUUUUCCGAACUAGAUCAUUUACAUUGUUAAUCUUUGAUGAUAAUACAUUUGUAAACUUCUUAUUGAGCGUGAGCAUCCGUGUUUUUCCGACUUGGUAGCUCGAGCGCUUGUAGGUCAGAGAUGACGCGUUUCCCAUUCGGACUUCCCGCCUCCGGGCGUUAACGAACGCAGCAUAACACCGCACGUGUUUGUGACGUUAGUGUAGUUAAAGUAGCUUCUCAUGUGAUGGGAUCGGCUCGGCGCAUAGAUCGAUACCGAUGCUGCAAUUGAAGCAGUAUCGAUACCAGCAUCGGAAAUUCCCCGAUGCUGCAAUUUAAGCAGUAUCAGGGGAAUUUCCGGUACUGGUAUCUGUAUCGAAACAACUUUAGGGGAAAUGUGUUGUCGUGUCACUCAUUAACCCACAGCAUGCAGGGCUGGUCAUGUGGUGGAGGCGUUGCAAAGGUCAGCUGGGAACUGGCUUCAGUGUCCCCACCGCUGUGCUACCACGUCGUUCAGCAGACACCUUUUGGUCCAAUGGGACUCGGAUUACACGAUUGAAUAAUUAAUGUGAUUCAUUAGCGGCCUGGUAGGGCAUCUGGCUCUGGUACGCAGACACACUCGGGAGGGUUCGAACACACAACCUUCCGACGGUCGUGCUUCCUUCCCACUAGACUGCGCUGCCCCUGGUUCUGGUGCUGUUUCCGGGGGCGCAGGCGACCCGCACAGGGAGGCAGGGUAGCCCUUAGCCCUGGGCGGCAUGUGGCUCAGGAGGUAGAGCGCGUUGGCUGGUAACCAGAAGGUUGCUAGUUCGAUCCCCGGCUCCUCCUAGCUGAGUGAGUGUUGAUGUGUCCCCGAGCGAGACACCUCACCCUGACUGCUCGCGACGAAACUGGCUGUCUCCUCGAGUUGCUGACUCCGCCGUCGGUGUGUGAAUGCGUGCAUGAAUUGGUGAAUGUUGGGUCAUAUUGUAAAGCGCUUUGAGUGGCCACCGGUUAGAAAAUCUCUAAAAAAAAAAUGCAGUCCGUUGACCCUUUACGAUAUACCCCGGUCUACCGCCCCUUUCUAACACCAACACAAGGCGUUCAGAAGAGCUUGACCUGCCAAUCAACCGAAUUAGUUGGGAGUGCAACUUGAGUCUCAACGACGGAGUUCCAGCGACCCGCGACCCCACGCGCCUUCACCUAAAGCGCUCGGGUUGACCCCUCAAUGACCCCUCUACACGGCAUUAUCUUCUUCCAGGUCGGGACAGCCCACUGGCGGGGGAUUGGCUGUCAGGGAGAACUGUUUUUGACA